GCCUUAUCCUACAGUUGGAGAACUUCUGCUUUGUGAUGAAAUACAAAUUCUCAUUUCUGGAGUCCGACUGAAAGGAAUAAUGAGAAGACGCAAGAUGUUCCUCUGAUACCAGUAAAGAGCCAGACACCGGAAUUACAAACCUCAACAUGGGAGCACAAAAUUCUAAACCCGUGCACAAGAAGCAAUCCCGGGUGGUAAUGUUGGGUCUUGACUUUUCUGGAAAAUCCACCAUUCUUUAUAAACUUAAAAUGAAUCAAACCGUAGAGACCUUUCCCACUGUUGGAUUUAACGUGGAAUCCCUAGAAAUUGCCAGGAAUGUCUUUAUAACCGUGUGGGACGUUGGAGGUCAAGACAAACUGCGCUCAAACUGGAAAGAGUACCUAGAAGAUACGGACAUCCUCAUCUUUGUGGUAGACAGUAGUGAUAAAUUCAAGAUACAGGAGGCUACGGCCGAGCUGUUGACCAUAUUGAACAAUGAAAAUAUGACCGGAGUUCCUUUCCUGAUUUUGGCCAACAAACAGGAUUUACCUCAGGCUCUGUCCACCAAGGAACUUGUGAAUAUUCUAAAACUAGAAAAUUACGAUGAUAGAGCGUGGGAAAUACAAGCAUGCAGCGCAUACACUGGGGAAGGAUUGUCCGAGAUGGUGCAUUCAGUGUUGCGUCUACUAAAGAAGGCACGAGACCCAUAAUUUCAUGUUUUCAAUUUUUGGUCCUUGAUCUAAAUUCAAAAUGAACUGCAGUGAAACCGCUCCAAUAGUCCACCUCUUUGAGAAGACCACCUCUUUAUGCAGACACGAUGUUUUGUAUCAAAUUCCAUCAUAUACUAUGUACACUGGCUUUAUUGUUUGAAAGAAUCAUUUUCUAUGCAAUUUUGGUUUCACUGUAUAUUGUUUACAGGUUAGAUUGUUUCAUUUAUUCAGGAUUUAAUUAUUUAAAUAUCUUAUUAAAAGAUGAAUGCAUUUAUGUUUAUUUAUUUACAUCUGUAUGUCAUUGCUUUGAGUGCAACUAUACAGAUAAGAGGUGGUCAACCUAGCGCAUCAUGAGGGCUUCACACUUAACAUUUGACUCUACACUAGGUCCAGUGUCUGUUUAGCCAAUUUGCAGCAAAGAGUAUGCUUUACGUAUGUGGUCACUCUGGGGAAUACAAGGACAACUGAGUGAACGUCCUUAAAGGGGUACUCCACUGAAAACUUCUUAUCCUCUAUCCAAAGGACCCCCGCGACAUCCAGGCCGGCAGGGGCGGCGGCCAGAACACAGAAGCUUGGAGCUUCCGCGUUCGUGAUGUCAUGCUCCGCCCCCUCUAUUCAUGUCUAUGGGAAGGGACAUGCCAGCUAGUACAUAGCCGUCAUGCCUCCUCCCAUAAACAUGAAUGGAGGGGGCGUGAUACCUGUGUUCGCCAGUCAUUGGGUAUGGAGCGGAGUUUGCUCUGUGCAUCGAAUGACAGGGGUGCCGAAGCGGAGACCGUUGGAGUCCUCAAUGGCGGGACCCCCACGAUUAGACAUCUUAUCCCCUAUACUUUGAAUAGGGCUUGUUCACUCCACAAGGCACUCCAAGGCACAAAUAUGUUGGCAACCUGUCAAAAUGUGAUAUCAAGUAUAUAAACAUGGACGGUAAUGUACCCUUCUUAAUUCACUGACUUGAACGUAGUCAGCUAGAGACUACAUUCAGGUAAUUUUCUGAACAUGCACGUGUUUUGUCUUGGACUUAAAAGUGCAGCAAUCCAUGUGUAUGCUCAGAAAUGACCCGAGUGUAGUCACUAGCUGACUACAUUCAGGCCAUUGAAGUUGUUGGGGCUCAUGCCUGUCCAUGUAUACAUAGUCAUCCCAUUUUCACAGGUUAGCAAUGUAAACGUGCCUCGGAAAGGCUCAUUCACAGUGUGAACCUACCCUUAUUUCCAAAUGCUUAAAGGGGUACUCCGGUGGAAAACUUUUUUUUUUUUUAAAUCAACUGA